GGAGGCUACAUCGGCAAAAACGAGACACGGAGAAGUGGAAAACGUCCGGGCGAAGCUUCUUGCAUUUCCACAGGCAGUUAGAUGGACUGUCGUGGUGGGCGCAAUUCUAGUCUGGAUCUGGAAGAAGGAGAAGACCCAGAUGAUGUUCGUUUUGGUCCUGCAGUUUGGGAAAGCAACGUUGAUCUCUGUUCUUAGACAAAGAUCGGUCGAUGACCAUUGCUGCUGGUGAUGACGACGAACCAAACUGUGGACGACAGGGAAGACUCCUCCGAGUUCCUACAAGUUCUUCGCCUUUUUUUUCAACCAUAUGAAUGUAAUUUCUGGGUUGUGGGUAUUAUCUGUCGAUUUGCUGACAUUGUUCUAUUUAGUGUUUGUUUUGCUUCAAACUGUACCUGUGGUGUACAAGAAAUACGAGGAUAAAAUGGAUGAUUUUGGGGAGAAGGCGUUUAAGAAGCAAUAUGGAGUUUUUAAUGAGAAGGUUUUGAGUAAGAUUCCAAAGGGCUUCUCAAUAGGUAAAGUUCAAUGCGGAUUCACCUAUUCGGCCUCAGAUCUGUUGCUUCACCAAGGUUUGAAUAACUUAACUUUUUUGUCCUCAAAUAGAUCGAUCUUUUAUAAGCGUUGUGUGGUUUAUAUGUGUUAUACUUUUCAUACAAUGUUUUUCUUGUCAAAAUGCAUAAAACGGAUCAAUGUUCAGUGUCAAAAUCAGAACUUUCCAUACAAAGUUUUACAUGCAAAAUCAAGCAGAAAUCUAAAAUUCAUAAUACUGUUCAAUGUUCAGUGUCAAAAUGCAUCCAAUACUAUUUUUUCUUCACUGUUUUAGUUCAAAAUCCAUAUCAAACAUCUUGGUUCAUAUCUAAAAGCCUCUCUGGCACCUUGUUGAUAGACGGCCUUUGAUUUGCAUAGAAGCUCUGGUUUGCAUAGAAGCUCGUGCAUUCUUUUCCGAGCUGUGUUAUCUUUUCAGAAGUUGUGACAUCGCAUCCAAAUAAGAGCCACCUACCAUCAAAACCACUUCCGUCUGUUGUGAUAUGGUUCUUCAGUUCUAAAUCGUAUUCUGUUGUGGGAGUCGUUCCAACCUGUCCUUCGUUCUUCAGACUGAUCAUCUGAAGGAUGAUUACUCCUAAGGAGUAGACAUCCCAUGAUAAUGGGUCUGUGGAUUUCCCCUUGAAUUUUUUCCCAAAAUUUUUCCAACUUUUGGUCAGAAAAUUUAUAAAAUUAUAAAUAAUUUAUUUAAUAUUUUACCCUCAGAAUGUAUAUUCUCUGGUGGCCUAUAUCCUUCUGUUGUUGCUAUAAUUUUUUCUCCAUGUCUUUUUGAAUUCCCCAAAUGUAUCAAUUUUACGAUGUUCAUAACCUGUUUACAUUCAAUAUGAUCAUAAAUAAAAAUUCUAAAUUAAUCUUUACAUUCAAUGAUUUUGUUAACAUUCAUAAAUAAAAGUU